GUCAUAAAUUACAGCGCAUUUGGCGGGAGAGCUGGGGGUGCCCGGGGGAGACCGGGCGACGCGUGCGAAGCUGGACGGGAAUCGUCAAAUGGGUGCAAAGACCCGGGGUUGACCACUUGACCAGUGCACAGACCCCCAAGGGGCCCGUGACUUCGCAAAUCCCUGUACAGCUUAAGUCAGUUCCACGCUGGAGUCUAUUUGAAUCCCUACAAAGGGCGAGCCAUCGCGCUGAAAACCCAAGCGAGUUGAGACCCCUACGCCGUGUGGGGGACCGGACUGGGCGGAGAAAAGACUUGACCGCAGACAUGCGUGCGCUACGAGCGACCUGACCAAAAGUGUGUACGACCCUUUCAAUAUAUUAUGCUUUCAAUUCAGUUUGCCUUGGCCAGAUUAUCCCAACUGAAGUCACUGCUGCGCUUUAUGAUAACAUUCUGACAGAACGCGGCGUUCACAACGUAUCGGCGAACCAUUCUUCCGGACAAACCUCGCUACCUCUGUCGUGCACUAUCCCCACACUGAACAUGCUGCGCUCCAUCCUCAGCCGCGGUAACGCUGCCUCACAGCGGCCCGUCGUCGCUUGCGCGCGCCCCACCAAGGCCGCUGCCGUGCUUUCAGCGGCCAAGGCCAUGCAGCAUCAAUCGGCUGCUGUACUCAGGCUCGGAGGGUCGGCACGCUCAGAUGUGGCUGCUGCUGCUGCUGCUGCCGACCCCGACGGCGAGGCGGAGGAGAUCGUUAAGAUUCUUGCUGCGAUUCCGCCCGAACACCGCAUGCCCCUGUUCAAGCUUUUAUGGAAGCUGAACGCGCAGUCCUUGGGUUUCUUAUCUCGGAUCACGGCCAAAGCCGACGAGCUGACGGCCAUGGCCAAGGACAACGCGACAAUGACCGAGCAGCUGUACACCACCAAACAACAGCUCCUGGUCGCGCUCUCCGCUGCAGGCGUCUUCAACGCCCGCUCCUUCCUGGAGUACGUGGCCAACCAGUGGAGGAAGGAGCAGGCCGGCGGCUCGGCGAAGAAGCGCCAGGGCGUGUUCAAGGACGGGCUGCGCAUGCGCCCGGACCUGGUGCUGUGCCUGCUGCGCGACGUGCCCAGCUGGGCGUCCGCCAGCAUGACGGAUGAGCAGAAGGGUGCGUGCGUUGGCGGAGGCCACUUGUAUUGCGCUGCCAGCCACGCGCAUGACAGCGAUCCACAGGCCGCGGUUGCGUCUAACCGUGUGGUGUGGGGCUCUGUGGGCGCCUUGGCGUGCUUCUCGGUCUCAAGCUAACACACCUCUGCCCGCCUGUGGCUGCCACAUGCUAUCCAUGCAACACACGCAGCACAGCUUC